AUGUUGAAAAAUAAACAAUCAAUAGUUUUCGCUGUGAUUUUACUCAUCACUAAUUUUAAUUUACAAAAAAUUUCUUCUGAAAUAUUAUGUGACCGACGAUAUUUGAACGAUGAGAUCAGAAUCGACGGUAAAGUUGUGAUAGUGACUGGUGGCACGGGUGGAUUGGGAUUAGAAACGGCUCGAAAUCUAGCUGCACGGGGUGGGACAAUAUAUAUUGCAUCUCGUGAUGAAAAGAAAGGAAACGAUACCGUCGAAAGUAUUCGACGUUCAACUGGAAAUAAUAACGUUCACUUCAUCAGACUUGACUUGGGAUCACUGAAAUCAGUGCAAUAUUUUAGUGAAACGUUCCAUGAAAGGGAAAAUCGACUUGAUGUUCUUAUUAACAAUGCAGCAAUUGCAACUGGGACCUACCAGAGGACAGAAGAUGGUUUUGAAACGGACAUGGGUGUCAAUCAUCUCGGUCACUUUUUACUCACCAAUCUACUUUUGGACCUUUUGAGAGUUUCUGCACCGAGUAGAAUACUCGUUGUCAGUUCAUUUGGUCACCGAUUUGGAGAAAUAUCGAGAACCAACUUAAAUAGUGAAAUGUUUUAUCCGGGCUUUUUGCUAGCAUACACCAACAGCAAACUGGCGAAUAUUCUCUUCACUCGAGAAUUGUCAAGAAGACUUCAAAACUCCAAUAUAACUGCAAACUGUUUGGAUCCUGGCUUUUCAAUGUCCGCUUUAGCGCAACAUUUACCACCCGCUUUCCGAAUAAUAACUGAAAUUGUUCAACGACUUUUCGGCCGCAGUCCCGAACAUGCAUCUGAAACUCACGUAAUGCUGGCAGUAGAUCCAAGUGUGAGCAAGGUGUCUGGGAAAUAUUUUUUGGAUUGCAUUGAAGAGCAGCCAUCAAUUUUGGCAACAGACGACUCCAAUGCUCUGUGGUUAUGGGAAGCUAGUGCAAAGCUGACGAAAUUGGAUCAAUAUCUCAUGACACAUUCGACUAAAGUAAACCCACACUUUGCAAUUGACGGAUCAUAAAGGAUGAAGGGCAGC